GGUUCAUCGUGUGUACCGUGUGUAUUGCUCACUAUGCUCAACAAUCCGAAUGGAAGCGCUCUUGGUCAUAUUGUUAAUUUGCCGAGUUUGAAUUCACAAAAUCAGAGUGUUGCAUCGUCGUCCUCUUCGGUGCCAUCGGUUGGAAAGGAUUUUUCGUGGACUACAAACACAUCCGGCAUGCAGCAGUNUCGUCCUCUUCGGUGCCAUCGGUUGGAAAGGAUUUUUCGUGGACUACAAACACAUCCGGCAUGCAGCAGUUACAACCAGUAG